AAAAAAAAAAAACACACACACACACAGCGCCUCCGACCCUCCCCCCGAGUUGCAAUUAGCAUCCUCCCCGCUGCUGCUGGGCGCCGCGGCGGGGCUCCGCUGCCCCCGUCCGCUCCCGGCGCGGCGGCGGCGGGCGGAGCAGGAGCGGCUCGGCACGGGCACGGCUCGGCUCGGCACGGAGCGGCACGGCACGGAGCGGGGGGAGGCUGAAGUUUUUGUGCUGGCACUGGAAGGUGGAUCUCCGGCAGGCACAGCCCGGCGGUGGCAGGCAGGGAUGCGGCGCUGAAGCGGUGCGGGGAGGCCGGCCGGGCCGAGCCGAGCCGUGCCGGGCGGCCAGCAGCAGGACCGACAGUGGCGUUAUGCAUGCCGACUCCCGUGAGUUUUCCUGAGUUCCUGGGGGACUGCCUGGCUUUUUGAAUCAGAAAGUUGCAAAAUACCAUCAAGAAUGGCACUUGUGGAUAAACACAAAGUCAAGCGACAGCGACUGGACAGAAUUUGUGAAGGUAUCCGCCCUCAGAUCAUGAACGGCCCCAUGCACCCCCGGCCCCUGGUGGCACUGCUGGACGGCAGGGACUGCACGGUGGAGAUGCCCAUCCUGAAGGAUCUGGCCACCGUGGCGUUCUGUGACGCACAAUCAACUCAGGAGAUCCACGAGAAGGUGUUAAACGAAGCCGUGGGGGCCAUGAUGUACCACACCAUCACGCUGACCCGAGAGGACCUGGAGAAGUUCAAGGCCCUGCGGGUCAUCGUCCGAAUAGGCAGCGGCUACGACAACAUCGACAUCAAAGCGGCGGGGGAGCUCGGCAUCGCCGUCUGCAACAUCCCCUCGGCCGCUGUGGAGGAGACGGCCGACUCCACCGUGUGCCACGUCCUCAACCUCUACCGGCGCAACACGUGGCUGUACCAGGCGCUGCGGGAGGGCACGAGGGUGCAGAGCGUGGAGCAGAUCCGCGAGGUGGCCUCCGGCGCCGCCCGCAUCCGCGGGGAGACGCUCGGCCUCAUCGGCUUCGGUCGCACUGCCCAGGCGGUUGCAGUCCGAGCCAAGGCGUUUGGCUUCAACGUGAUCUUUUACGACCCGUACCUGCAGGAUGGCAUCGAGAGGUCCCUGGGGGUGCAGCGAGUCUACACGCUCCAGGACCUGCUCUACCAGAGCGACUGCGUCUCCUUGCACUGCAACCUGAACGAACACAACCACCACCUGAUCAACGACUUCACGAUCAAGCAGAUGCGGCAGGGCGCGUUCCUGGUGAACACAGCACGUGGGGGGCUGGUGGACGAGAAGGCCUUAACUCAAGCCCUGAAGGAGGGACGGAUACGAGGGGCUGCGCUCGACGUGCACGAGUCAGAACCGUUUAGUUUUGCCCAAGGCCCCUUGAAAGAUGCUCCGAACCUCAUCUGCACCCCGCACACCGCCUGGUACAGCGAGCAGGCGUCGCUAGAGAUGAGGGAAGCUGCCGCCACCGAAAUCCGGCGCGCGAUCACAGGGCGCAUCCCAGAAAGCCUACGGAACUGCGUCAACAAGGAAUUCUUUGUCACGACGGCGCCGUGGUCAGUAAUAGAUCAGCAAGCGAUCCAUCCAGAGCUCAAUGGUGCCACAUACAGGUACCCCCCCGGGAUGGUGAGCGUCGCGCCGGGAGGCAUCCCAGCAGCCAUGGAGGGCAUCAUUCCCGGCGGCAUCCCCGUCACCCACAACCUGCCCACCGUGGCGCACCCCUCGCAAGCUCCGUCGCCGAACCAGCCCACGAAACACGGGGACAACAGGGAACAUCCCAACGAGCAAUAGCAGCUAAUUUAAAACAAAAACAAAAACAAAAAACCACUCAAUAAACUUGGGACCAAGAGACAUUGGAAAAGAAGUUAUACACGGACUGAAAAAAAAAAACAAAACAAAACAAAAAAAGAAUUUGAUACGGAAUUUGUAAUGUUGAUUUUGGACAGAUGCAUCAUUGAUGUUCCAGUGUUAAGGACCCAGCGCUGGCAGUCAAGCCUGGGGAGAAGCCCUGAAGAAGUCACCCGCUUCCUGCAGCGCUGAAACCUAGGACGUGAGACAUUAAUGAUCGCCUUCUGUUAUUGUGUGUUCAGUUUCCUUCAUCUGUGCAUCAAUCACAUGAAAUAAAAAUAGAUUUUUUUCUCCCCUCGAUUCCUUGGGAAGGGCAGGGCUUCUGCACCUGUCUCCAAACAAUUGCAGCGAGCAAUCCUUACCGAGUUAACAUAGAAAUUUAAGAGGAAACCAUUAUGUGGCUUCAGCCCUUUCCUUACUCUCGCACCCGCUCACCUCUCCUACCAGGAGGCAGCGAUACCGGCUCAGGAGCAGAAGAAAAAUAAGCUCGGAUCCGUUUCGGGGUCCCCCGGGGCCGGCGACGCGUGCCCGAAGUUCUCCCGAGAGGCUCGAGCCGAGCUGCAGCCACCCCGGCUGGGAGGGCCCCAAAAUCCCGAAAAAAAAACCCCAACGGCCAGGCUCUUCUCUGCCCCUACACUGAAUAAAGUAGCUGUGCAUCCGCCUACGCCCUGCAAUGAUGCAAGGAAAAAAAAAAAAAAAAAACAUAAAAAAAAUAUAUUAAAAAAAAAAAGAAGAAAGUAUUAUUACGUUUCACACACUAUUUGUACUCAAAUAUAUUUUCUCAGUUUGAAAUCUGCAGCUAUUUUAUCAAGUGGAAAAGUCUUGAGCUGGAAAGGGUUCAAGAAUAAUGUUGCAUUUCCUUAUGUCUCAGGAAACACUUUUUAUGGUAACUUGUCAGACUGUCUAUGAACAAAACCCACUUUUUUAGACAUGGAUAAAAGUCUUCUUUUCUUCACGUGCUAUUUUAUACAAGAACACUUCAAAACGUGUUAUUAGCUGUGACUGAUUUUAACAAAUCCUAUUAGAUUUGUAUCAACUAGUUACAUGUUAUAUUCAUAGUCUUUUGUGAAUCAUCGCCUUUUUGUUUUUGCGAUGGCCUAUUUUGAGCCUUUGUAUGGGUACAUUCCUGUUUCUGUGACAAGAAAAUCUGAAACUGUCCCAAACAGAAAAAGAAAAAAAAAAAAGAAGAAAAAGAAAAAAAAAGCAAUGGCUAUCAGAUGUUUUGUUUUAGUGUGUUACCGUUCCUGUAUUUGUUUAUUGUAAAGGUGGACAUUUAGCGUUCAGUGCAGUUUUCAAUAAAAAGUGAUAAAAUUUCUAUAA